GAAUUGAUUGUAUGACAUGGGAGAUAACACACAGGACCACCCAGAACUGGAUUAGCUCAGAAGAAAAUCGAGAUGUGCAAAGUGAGAGAAGCCGUGCCAAAUGUUCAUAGCGACUGCUUGUGUCUGACUACGGUUGAGUAUCGGAGCUCGUAGUGGUCUGUUCAGCCAGUCCCACACAUUGUAACUGGGCUCAACAUCGUGAUGUUAUUUUGGUCCUCUUCCAGAGCGCAGGACAAAAACCAACAACCAGCUUGUUUUAUAUAUUCGUUUGCUAGUUGUCGCCCUCAUUAGACGGCUUGUUCCUUUAGGGCAGGAACUGAAUCUUGCCUCUUUUUGUAACCCCUGCGUUUAGCACAAUGUCUGCACAUAGUAGGCGCUUAACCUACUAAAGCGCUCUGGCACAUCGUUUUCUCAGUAGUAAAAAGAGAUAUGAGUGGAAAACAUAUAAAGUCCCCUCUUGUCACCCAAUUUGUGGUGCAAUGAUUCUAAUCCAAGAGCUCCAUUCCCAAAUUUGCCCACGAAUCAAACAAAUUAAGGCAGGGACCCAGGAACCUAAAUAGAACGGCGGCUUUGGAGAGAGCCUGUCCCUUUAAGACGCGCACUGCUGACGUCUGGCUCUCUUCCCGUGGUGCAUCGCGGUGGCUCAGCCGGCUCCCGCGCGGCGGCGUGCGCGGGCCCAGGGGUUGCGGCCGCUUCCUCGCUCUUCUUUCCCGCCCCCUUGUUGAGGGUCUAGAGGCCGCCGGGCCUCUUCGAAAUUCUCCCUGACCCGGCAGGCCACGGUGAAGGGGAUGCUGCGGGUUCCCCAGCGACUCUGAGACGAGAGACGAGGCUCAAGUCUCGGCCGGCCGGCUUCAACCAUGUCGACUGGGUUCUCCUUCGGGACAGGGACGCUAGGCUCCACGGCCACCGCCACGGCGGGCACCGGGACCCCGGGAGGAACCUUCUCCUUCGGGACGGGCACUUCCAGUAAUAGCACCCCAACAGUAGGACUUAAUUUUGGGUCUCUUGGAAGCACAACAAAUCCAACAACUACAACUGCUCCUUCUGUGGGUUUUGGAACUGGACUUUUUGGUUCAAAAUCUACAACAGGAUUCACUUUAGGAGGCACUAAUACAGGAACAGCAACGACUCUAGGUACAGGACUAACUCUGGGAACUCCUGCCACUACAUCAACAACAACAACAGGUUUCAGUUUAGGAUUCAAUAAACCUGCAGCAUCUGCUACACCAUUUGCUUUACCUAUUACUUCUACCUCAAGUGGUCCUCUCUCUCUUUCAUCUGCCCUUACAUCAACUCCAGCAGCAGCUUCCACAGGCUUCUCUUUAAAUUUGGGUGCAACACCUGCCACAACUACAACUUCAUCAACGGGGCUUUCUCUAGGGGGAGCCUUAGCUGGUUUGGGAAGCUCUCUUUUCCAGAGUACAAACACAGCAUCAUCAGGACUUGGGCAGAAUGCUCUGGGCUUAACAUUGGGGACUACUGCCACUCCUUCAACCGCUGGCAAUGAAGGGCUUGGUGGUAUAGAUUUUAGUAGCUCUUCAGAUAAAAAGAGUGAUAAAACAGGAACAAGACCAGAGGAUAGUAAAGCACUGAAGGAUGAAAAUCUACCUCCUGUAAUUUGCCAAGAUGUUGAAAAUCUUCAGAAAUUUGUGAAAGAACAAAAACAGGUCCAAGAAGAAAUUAGUCGAAUGUCUUCUAAAGCAAUGCUUAAAGUCCAAGAGGAUAUUAAAGCCCUAAAACAGCUUCUCUCGUUGGCUGCCAGUGGAUUACAGAGAAAUACUCUCAAUAUUGACAAAUUGAAAAUAGAAACUGCUCAGGAGUUAAAGAAUGCAGAAAUUGCCUUAAGAACACAGAAAACCCCACCUGGACUUCAACAUGAAAAUACAGCACCUGCAGACUACUUCAGAAUCUUGGUUGGACAGUUUGAGGUACAGCUACAACAGUACAGACAGCAGAUUGAAGAACUGGAAAAUCACCUUGCCACUCAAGCAAAUAAUUCACAUAUCACUCCACAAGAUUUGUCAAUGGCUAUGCAGAAAAUUUAUCAGACAUUUGUAGCUUUAGCUGCACAACUUCAGUCUAUCCAUGAAAAUGUAAAGAUGCUCAAGGAACAGUAUCUUGGUUAUAGAAAAAUGUUCCUGGGAGAUCCCAUGGAUGUUUUUGAGGCAAGACGAGCAGAAGCCAAGAAGUGGCAGAGUGCUCCAAGAGUUACUACCGGCCCCACUCCUUUCAGCAACAUACCAAAUGCAGCAGCCGUUGCGAUGGCUGCAACACUCACACAGCAGCAACAGCCUGCUACAGGGCCACAGCCAUCUCUGGGAGUUAGUUUUGGAACACCAUUCGGCUCAGGUAUUGGCACUGGCUUGCAAUCAAGUGGCUUAGGUUCUACUUCAAAUCUUGGAGGAUUUGGAACUAGCUCUGGUUUUGGAAGCAACACCACAGGGGCCUCCACAUUUGGAUUUGGAACAACAAAUAAACCCUCAGGAAGUCUUAGUGCAGGCUUUGGCAGCUCAAGUACAACUGGGUUUAACUUCAGCAAUCCCGGCAUCACAGCAUCAGCUGGCCUGACAUUCGGGGUGUCCAAUCCUGCCUCUGCAGGAUUUGGAACAGGAGGACAACUCCUUCAGCUGAAGAAACCACCAGCUGGAAACAAAAGAGGAAAAAGAUAAACAUUUGGGUGGGCGGGGCAGUAAAAACUGCAACCGCUCUAUUCAUUCUAUAAAUCUAUUUUUCUAGGAACUGAUGCAACAAUUAAAUUGCAUCCCAAGAGAUUUAUAAGGUUUUGAUAUUUUUCCCUACUCUGAAAUUUAAAUUGUAUCCACACCAGUCAUGAUGAACAGCUAUUUUCUUGUUAAUAUUAACUCAAUUGUGUAUUUUUAUUAUUUUAGUUCCUAGCUUUAGAAAUGUUUUGAUGAUAUCACUGAGACAACUUGUAAAACCAUUAUUUAGCCUAAUGUUAGCAGUGUUUUUGUUAAUAAGGCCUAUUCAUAGACAUUGAUGCAUCUUUGAUCCUUGUACAUAUAUAAAGUAUAUUCUAGUAUGGAUAUAAGAGUUCAUAAUUUCUGGGGUGUUUUUUUUUUUUUUGUUUGUUUUUGAGAAGGCCUUUUGAAAUCUACUGCAGGGCAUUUCUGUGAAUAUGUAUGUAAAUAUAUACAGCAUAAUGCACACAUGUGUGUACAUAUUAAAAUAUAUAUUUACACACGUACAAAUCUUGCCUCAAUGUUAUCUUUACCCCCUUUUGAAUAUUUCCUUUUCCGUGUUUUUGUUUUCAGAGCCUCAUUGCUUAUUAAGAUAUUAUGUUGUCUUCCAUUGUUAACCAACAGUCUCCUUCAUUGCCGAGCUGUCUUUUCUCUCUUCAUUUCAGCCUUCACUUUUCAUAGCCACUUCAAAGAGAGGACUUGCAUCAUCUGGUCCUGUGGCAUAUGCCAAGGGCUUUUAAAAACUUAUCUGUUCCUAUGUUGAUCAGCAUCCUGGAUGAGAAUGAGGUUUUAAAAGCUUGCUUUCUUUCCCCUCGCCCCCCCCCCCCCCACCUCCCCUUAGAUUCACUUUCAGGAGAAUAUUUACAAUUCUAGACCGUUGGUUUAGGUGCAAAGAACUAUGAAGCCAAAGUUCCCAAUUCUAUGCAGGUGAUGGAUGCACUGACUUUAAUGGCAACUUUUCUAGCCAUUUCAAUAUGGAGUUUUUUCACAUAGGGCUACUGACAUCAGCACCAAAAGAAAUGGCUUUUAUCAGCUCUCAGUGUCUUAAGUAAUUGUUUAAUAUGGAAAAGAGAAAUAGUAUGUUUUGAGAGGAAAAUAUUCAUUCUUGCCAGCAUCUAUAAACUACCCCUAGUCUUUCUAACAUAGGGAACUCCAUGUUAUAACAAGCUAAUAAUAUCAAAGCAUAUCUGUGUAGUUAGUGUUUCUAAAGUAAAGUUUUAGGUGGAGGUUGGAGGGGAAUCCCUUUUAAGGAAUGAAUUGCCUUAUAUGAGAUAUAUCACAAAAAUAACUUCCACCAUCAAUCAGUGUGUCAUUUAUCUUGCAAGUACAGGUAUAAGAUGGAGUGUAAGCAUGGAACUUCAUUGACAAUAAUAUACUUUUUUUAUAUAGAAGGGUUUUGUAUAUAAUGUGCAUCAAAUCAAAUAUUACAGGAUCAUUUUCACCAAGACAACUUUUUUUCUAAAACAAGUGUUGCAUAUACAUGUGUAUCUAUCUGUCUAUCUAUAUAUAUAUAUAUAUAUAUAUAUCUUACAUAUAUAUAUAUUUGGGGGGGGUAUGUCAGUUGCUUUUGAUUGUAACAAUGUUGUCAAGUACCAUUUUGUACGUUUGGAAUGGUUCUACAUACAGUGAUUGGUCCUCAUUGAAAUGGAUUAUCUCUUCCUUGAUAAAUUUUAAAAGGGGUAUAUUUGUUUUUUUAGUACUAAAAUUGCUUUCACUUUUGUUAGUGAAUCUGAGAUUAAGGGGGAGGGAGAUAAAGAAAAAGCAUGUUAUUUGUCUUUUGAACAUUGGACAUUAAAACGUUGCAUUCAAACCAAACUUUUCUUCAAAAGUUGUAUUGCAUUGGGCUGCAAAAAAAACAACAACAAUCUUGGUAUUUGCAUUUCUCUGUUAUUGCUUUUUUUUUUUUUUUUUUUAAUGUUAAAUUUUAAAAUGUUGAACCACUGGAAUUCUUGUACCAUUUGUGAAAUUUUUAAAUGUGCUGCCAUUGUCCACAUUGUCUGCACUUUGUCUGCAACCUACCACUGUGUAAACAAUAAAAUUUAUUGCAUCAGUGCUCUAAA